AUGUUGCAAGUGCCCCGCUCUAGCUCCUUGUCCCAUGCUUACUUGUGGGGACUCCACAGCAGUGUCUGUUCUGUGCAACAUCCACACUACUGGCAUCAAGAACAGGAAUGUAGAAGCUGGAAUGAUUCAGAUGCUGUGGUACUUGAUGAAUAUCAGUGUAGACAUUUAGACCAGUGGCUGGAGAGCUCUGCAACACCAGAAUAUUCUAGGCCUCCUUCUAGUUGCCCCGACUGGGAAGGUAGAAUUGAAGAAGGCAAAACAAUGAGGACAUCAAAUAAAAAAAUAACAAGUUCUGUUUCAAGUGCUUCUGCUAAUCCAGCUGAAAGGGAAACAGAUGAAGUGGUUCUGAGGAGAAGGCAAAAACAGAUCAAUUUUGGAAAGAAUACCCUUGCAUAUGACAGAUACAUUAAAGAAGUUCCAAAGAAUCAGCGAAUACCAGGAGUUCAUCCUAGAACUCCCAACAAAUUCAAGAAGUACAGCCGUAGAUCCUGGGACCAGCAGAUCAGGCUGUGGAAGAUAGCACUGCAUGCCUGGGAUCCUCCUACUGAAGAAACCUGGGAUCUGCAACCAGUUCCCUCUUCUCCCGAUUCUUCUCCAGUAUGGAAACGUAGGAAAAGAAACAAUUCUGACUCCUCUGUGGUUUCAAAGAGCAAAUCCCAUUAUGUGCAUAUGUACCACACACUGGAAAGUCUUACUGAAUCAGGACAACAAGAGGCUUUUUCAAAGUGCUCAGAGUGGGAAGCCUUUGGUGAAAAUGACGAAGUAAUGACAUUACAACAUGGUAUAGAAAUAACAAGAAGCAAUGCAGAUAUGGAUAGUGAAAAGAAGUUAAUUGUGUGCCGCAGGCGGUAA